CCCUUAAACGCACCGAUGGUCCCGAGGAGACCCCCGGCUGCUCUCAGGGAGAGCAUCACAACCCCUGGUGGUCCCUCUCGAGGAGAUGUUUGCUGCUGGGGAGACCCCCAGACCCACGGCUGCUCCCUGGAAGGCCCCGCUGCGCUCCCAGCUCCGUCCCGCAUCCCUCCCAGCCCCCGGCCCCGCAGGUGGCUCCGUGGCCGCGGUCCCCACCUGCGCACGGGCGGAGCGUUGGGGCGGAGCGGAGGGCCGGGGCCGGAUCCUCCCGCAGCCCGGCGAGGCCGCAGGCUCCGCCCCGGCUCCGGCUCCGGAGAAACUUUCCGUCGGCGCCGUACGCUCGGCGGGAGCCCGGAGCUGGGGCCGAGCCGCAGCCUCAGCCGGAGCCGCAGCCGGGGCGGGCCCGGCCCUAUGGGCAGCGGGCGGCGCGGGGCUCUGCCCGCAGCGGUGAUGUCCGCCCCGCGUGCACCUGCGGAGGGCGGCGAGGCCGAGCCCGGCCCUGCCGAGGUGUCCCCCCGGAAGAAGAAGGGCAGCAAAGCGGGCGGAUUGCGGAGGGCCUUCAGCUGGCUGCGGGGCCGGAGGAGGAAGAGGAGGGCGGGGAGCCCGGCGGCUGCGAGCCCCGAGCUGAGCGGAGCAGGUACUGCCAAGACUGAGAACGACCGGCGGCUGAGUGUGCAGUACAAACCAGGCGAUGAAUGCCCCGACAACGUCUUCUUCCCCAGCACGCGGCCCCCGCACCUGGAGGAGCUGCACAACCAGGCCCGCGAGGGGCUCAAAUCCCUGCAGCACCAAGAGAAGCAGAAGCAGACCAAAAGUGCCUGGGACCACGGGGACACCAACAGCCUCCAGUCCUGCCUGUUGUCAGAGGAUGACAGCGUGUCCUUACGGAGCCAGGCGGCUUCCUGCAUCACCGACAGCUCCUCUGAGGACGCCCUCUCCAUCCGCUCCGAGAUGAUCCAGCGGAAAGGUUCCACCUUCCGACCACAUGACUCCUUCUCCAGAUCUUCAGAGAAGGCCAGCAGGAAGAGGAAGGAGAGGAGGACAACAGUGCUGGGCAUCCCCCAGCACGUCCAGAAGGAGCUGGGUCUCAGGAAUAGCCGUGAGCUCAGGGGGCGUCCUGCGGAUGGGCACGUGGACAGCCGGGCACUGCAGCCCCUGCUGAAUGGCGGCCAGGUCUCCGGUGACGCUGUCCGCAUCCCCACCAUUGAUGGGAACCUGCCACCGCUGGACGUCCCUGGGGGUGCCCGUGUGCGCCUGGGAGCCUUGGAGGAGACAGACACAGCCCUGCAGAAGCACAUUGACCGGGUUUACUACGACGACACGUUGCUGGGGAGGAAGACAUCGGCCAAGCUGUCACCUAUGGCGAGGCCAAAGUCUCUGGCUGUGCCAGGCAUGACCACCAGCGCCAACCCCCCGGAGCUGCUGAGCCCCGUCAUGUCCAUCUCACCCCAGGGCACCUACAUGUCCAAGAUCAUUCCCAACGCCAUCCUGCCGCCUAUGGUGGACGUGGUGGCCCUGACGAGGAGCAGCGUGCGGACGCUGAGCCGCUGCAGCCUGGUGUCGUCCAGCCCAGCCUCAGUGCGCUCCCUCACCCGCUUCUCGGAGCACAGCACCCGCAGCCGUGAGCCCUCCUCCUCCAGCGACAACUGGAGCCACUCGCAGUCCACCGAGACCAUCGUCUCCAAUAGCUCCACCAUCUCCUCGCAGGGCGGCUCCGACCGCCGGCAGGCUGAGGCUGGGCUGUGCUGUGAAGCCGACAAAGCACCUCGCUCUGACACUGAUCAGAUCAGUGUGUACAGCUCUGCCAGCUUCAGCAGCGCCUGCUCCAAGCCUGCCGUGGCUGCGGUGCACACAGCACACGGGCUGCUGGCCGUGGGGCCCUGCAGUGUGGGCGGCAGCAGCGGUCGCACAUCCCCUGCCUUCAGCACCAGCAGCCAGGCAGAGGGCUCGGACACGGGCAGCCUGGCGAGUGAGCGCUCCUCGGCACGCAGCGUCUCCCUCAGGAAGAUGAAGAAGCCGCCGGCACCCCCUCGCAGGACAUUCUCACUGCACCAAAAGGUGGAAGGGGAGAACAAGGUGCUGGGGCUGCCCCCCAGGCCCAACCGGCGGCCACAGCAGGCGAGCGACGUGCCCUGGUCACAGCACCUUGAGCCCUUCAGCCCGACGGUUGAGGAUGAGGUCUUCUCAUCGACAUCACUGAGUGAGACCAGCAGCAUCCGCUCUGAGAGCCUGGCUGGGACCAACUCCCCCAAGACCUCGCGGGGCAGCCCUGGGGAGCGUGGAAUAACAGUGGUGCUGAGGGAACCCUCAGCUCAGCCCAAGUGGAGCUGCCCAGAUGGCUCUGACCGCACCAUGUCACCCUCCAGUGGAUAUUCCAGCCAGAGCGGGACGCCAACGUUGCCCACCAAGGGGCUGGGACCCCCAGCUGCAUCCCCAGGCAGGGUCCAGCCCCAGAAGCCAGACAGGGUCUGCUCCUUACAGUCCCCUGCGCUGUCCGUCUCCUCCUCCCUCACCUCUAUCUCUUCCUCUGCCUCAGACCCAGUGCCCUCUGAGACACCGCACUGCGUGCAGAGCCGUUCAGAUAGGUUCGUCAUCCCACCACAUCCCAAGGUGCCUGCUCCCUUCUCCCCACCGCCCACCAAGCCCCAGACACCUACUGCCCCCACCGGCCCCCUCACCCCUUUACCAGACCCAUCAGUGCCCAGUGCCGCAGGGCAGGAGCCCUCCACCAAACCCAGCACCAAAUCACCGCCGCCGUCACCACCUCCUGCCUACCACCCGCCUCCUCCACCGGCCAAGAAGGCAGAGGUGAGCCCUGAGACUGCCUGCGAGGCCCCCACAGAGGCUACCUGGCCCCCACCGCCUCCCCCGGCCCCCGAGGAGCACGACCUGUCUAUGGCAGACUUCCCCCCUCCAGAUGAAGCCUGUUUCUCCAGCCUGCCCCUGCCUGAUGCCGUGCCAACCCCAGCAGCUGGGCAGAACCAUGCACCAAGCGUGGCCACCACAUCUUCCUCCUCCUCAACCACCGUCUCCCCGUGCAUCCAGCAGCAGGGCUCACCGCUGUCCCCCACCACACCACCUCCUGGGGUCACCGUGCCCCCACCCCCACCUCUCCCCCCACCAUCAGCUCCUGCUUUACCACCCCAGAUCUGCCUUAAGAAGGCGACGAAUGGCUCCCGGGCAGACAGCAAGAAGGAGCCAGCAUCACGCAGCAAGAGCAGCCCGGUGCCCAAGGAGGACGCCAGCCUGCCCAUCGUCACGCCCUCACUGCUGCAGAUGGUGCGGCUGCGCUCCGUCAGCGUGGAGCCGCCCGCUGUGCCCGAGGAGCGCGUGGUGCCGCAGAAGCCGAUCCGGCGAGCCCUGUCCACGCGGCAGCCCAAUCCUGCCAAAGAUGCGGUGCCUUCAAACCCACUGCACGCCGCUGUGCAGCUCAAGGCCUCCGCUGUGUCCUCUGCUGAGGCCUCUGGGCUGGCCACGAAAUCCUCGGGUGGCAAAACGGCCCCUCCUGGCCUGGAGGUGCCCGCUGGUGAUGGGCAGCUGUCCCCCAGGCACAAAUCCCCCACCUCCACCGCCAGCUUCAUCUUCGCCAAAAGCGCCAAGAAGCUGGUGAUCGAGACUCCCUCAUCCCCUGAGGCACAGGCCGACCUGAAGAGGAACUUGGUCACCGAGCUGAUGAAUUUCUCCGGGCAGCGCUCGGCAGCCCCGGCUGCUGCUCAGCAGGGCAAGGCACCGGCGCACAGAAAGCCUGGCAAAGUGCCCCCUCCUGUCGCCAAGAAGCCUUCGCUCGGCCUGGGGCCAUCUCCAUCUCCAUCACCACUGAGCCCAAAGGCACCGGAGGCGCUGGGCUCCCCUGCGCCAGAUGGGAAGGUCAAGGCAGUGGCAGUGGAGGAGAAGAGCGGGACGGGCAGUGAGCCAGUGGGGACGGCUGAGGGCAGGAGUGCUGCAGCUGCAGAGCCACCAGCACAAGACAGACAGGGAGAGACGGCCUGAAGGAUGGAGCUGCUGGACUUGUGCCCCCGCAGACAGGAAUCCAAAUCUCUCAGGGACCUGGGCAGGUCAACGGAUGAGUGUGGAACUGGUGACUAACUUACCACAGGAAGCAAACAGCCUUAGCCUCCAUGGCCUUGAUGAUAUUUAUGCAAAAAUGGUGUUGGUUUCACUUUCCUAAGUACUACAGCUUUAUUUUGCAUUAUUUUUUUUACUGGACUCGAGUCCUGCACCCAGAGCCAGCGCUCCUCCCUGCUGCGCUGCCGCGUGGUUUGCGCGUGUGGAGCAGAGCAGCUGCACAGAGAGGAGGGCGAGGGGCUGCAGCCACACAGGUGAGAACAUGGGAAGAGGACGGCGCUGCCUGAGCACAGAGCUGGAUCCAUCCUGCUCCCAGCCAGCUGGGCCCAUGAGGAAUCAAAGCACUUUGGACAAAGGAACUGGAAGGCUUCAGCCACAGCCGCCCCUGGGAGGACUUGGGCAGCAGAAGCAGCGUGAGACGGAGCCCUGGAUGGAGUGGAACGGGGCUGCAGCCCUGGAGAAAAGCACGAGGGGUCUCUGGGCCAGCACUGCUCCCUGCCCACAGCUCACCCCGCUGCUGGGCACAGCCAGCUGGUAGCAGUGUGGCUGCAGCAGGAGCCCAAUGAGCUGCUGUUCAGGCCCUGGGCUCUGGGGUGGAGCCUUGAUUUGUUUCUGUAAACUUUGGUCACAUUUUGAUUUCUUUGAUUGUAAGAAAAACAAACAAACAAACAAAAAACAACAACAAAAAAUGAACCAAAACCAAACAACCCUCUGCCGCCAAGUAGCCCCUGAGCUCUGUACCUGGCUGGUAAAGAUGAUGACCGAA